GGCAUAUAUAUUUUCCAAAAUUCUGUGGAUAUUGUCUCCUUCGGCUAUGCCCCUCCAUACAUUCAGCAUUCAGUUGAUACAGAAACUCUUUUUUCCCAUCUUUUCUUUGUCAUCAGGCUAAGAUUAAGCUGCACACAAGAGAAAACUGAAGUGCAGAUGGCAUUAGCGCCUGUUGGAGUUUCAAGGAUAUCUUUGUUUAAAGCUGCUUCUUUGGACAUUAAUGGAAGUAACUGGGUUUCAAGUGGUUGCGCUUUAGCUCCUCCAUCAGCUGAUGCUACCAGGCUUGUGGUUCUCAAAUCAGCUGCUCCGCGUAAACACAUUGCCUGUUCAGCUGUUCAAGAAUCAUCCACUCCUACUGUUUCUGCUGAGUCAAAAGAAGAAAAGGCAGAAGCGAAACCAGCAGCUGCCAAGCCAAAAGCUGCAGCGAAAGCUCCUGCUAAAAAGCUGCCUGAAUUGAUGGAGGAAGAUGUUAUCCCUGAUCUCAAAUCAGCACUUGAAGCUCAAGAUGAUAUAAAAGACCUCGAGCUAGCCUUUAAGGAUACUACAUUAGAAGGUUCAUUUCAGCAAAAUGGCAUACCCUACUCAUUUUGGGCAUUUUUUCCUGAUGGAGCACUAACAGGUCCAAAGGGAUUUGCACUGUCCUCGUAUGGCUCGGAAGUGAGCACGGUGGAACCAUUUCUCAUCGAUGAGAAGAAAAUCACCUCAAAACAUGUGGUGUUUUGGGUUUUGAAGCGACUGGCUGCACAAGGGAUCAUUCCAGUGUGGGAACAAUAAGUUGCUUCAAUCUAAUCCAAAUUUAUAAUUUAUCUUCUUGUAUAAAAUCCUUUGUUAAUAAUAUACCAAGUGCAAAAGAUUAUUGUUCACGCUUUGUUUACAACUUGAUUCAUUACUCAAAAUUAACCAUUUUGGAUCACUGUGACUGUACAAGCAAUCAGCCAAAAGCUAUAAAGGUGGU